CGUUCGCACGACCUCACCGUAGAAUAAGUAGUAUGCCCUUACGGCUUUCCGUAGUCAGCGUGGUUCAAUGACAUUCCUGCAACUUUCAGAAUAGAGUUGGAUAUGGCUGUAUCGAUUUUGUUUAGGUCUGUCAAGACAAACCUUGCUAAGGUUAACUUUCAGAAACAUGUUCAAUGUGUGCACACCGGCUGUUCGCUGUUAGGGGCAGAUAAAGCUCUUGUGGUGAAGCUGCGCAAAGCUACCGGCUAUACCUUCAUCAACUGCAAGAAAGCACUGGAGAAAUUCAACAACGAUAUCGAGCAGGCGGAAAGCUGGCUGCACGAGCAGGCUCAGAUGGAGGGCUGGAGCAAGGCGCACAAGCUGGAGGGACGCAGGGCUAAGGAGGGACUGAUUGGUCUACUCACCCAGGACAACGCAGCCGUCAUGGUGGAGGUGAACUGCGAGACGGAUUUCGUAGCAAGGAAUGAAAAGUUUCAGCAGCUUGUGCAAGAUGUCACCUUGGCCACCAUGGCCCAUCAUCACAGUAGGCAACAAAGUGGAUAUGUAAAGAGUAUGUGGUCUGCUGAGGAUCUUACCAAGCUCACCAUGGUAGAUGGUCCACUGGUGGCAGAUCAGCUGGCCUUGACUAUAGGCCGACUGGGCGAGAACAUCUCUGUGAGGCGUGCUGUGUCCUUUGGCAUACCUGCUAACUGGCACAUUGGCUCAUACGUGCACGGAGCAGUGAUGGAGAUCAGCAGCAUGCCCAUGGGCCGCUACGGCGCUCUGGUGGUGUUCCAGGGCGGCCCUGAAGGACAGGCUGAGACUAUGGGCAAGAAACUGGGCCAGCACAUAGUUGGGGAAGCGCCCAUCACCCUGGGAAACAUAGAGGACCAAUCAUGUGGAGAAUCUGAGACACGACUGCUACCACAGACCUUUCUGAUGGACCCCAGAUACACUGUGGGACAGUACCUCAGGCUGCAGAAUGCACAUGUGUUCGAUUUUAUGCGUUAUAAAUGUGGCGAAAGCAUUGCUCAGGAGGUGGAGUGAGUGAAUACCAUACCACUAUGCUUAAAGAUGAGAAGAGUCCUCUUGUGCAUGUUUGUUUAUUAUUAGCAUGGGAACCAGUCCAUAGAGAAGCCAGGCCUUUCCGCCCAUGCUAAAGCAAUGACUGUAUUUGGACAUGUCUGUGGAGUGAAUCAUCUUGGGUUUGACAGUUCUGAUCAUUUGAAAUCACCCAAGUACUGCAGAACAACAUGAAACUUAAUAUUAACCAAAUUACAAUAUCAAAUUGCUUUUUAGGUCAUGCUUUGCAAUCAAAAUGCAGAGAAUCUACAUGCUGAAACGAGACUAAACCCAUCAGUAUUUAUUAUUUUGAAAUAUUGCUCAUAUUUUGUUCAUACAAUGAACUUAUUCUCCAAAAUUUUAAAUACAACAUUGACACAUGCAA